UGUUUGGCAGCACUGUUUUCUGAAAUUUCGGCAGCAAAAAUUUUUAUAAUGCAUCAUCGUUUUUGUUUGCUGAAAAACUUGUAAUUUUUCACAACUGAUCAAUAUUGAAAAAGUUUCAAAAGUUGCCCUGUGUAUUGGGGAAACGUGUUACAAUUUGCGAACAGCUGAAAAAGAAAGUGUGUGCAAAAUGCCGCGUGUUAAUUACACUAGAACCGAUCGGAUAGCGCAAAUGUCCAAGCAGGAGCAGCUCAUCGCUCAAAAACGGCAGCAAAUUUUGGAAAAACAGCGGACUCUGCAGAUGGCCAAGCAGAUUGCAGCCGAAGCAUCCAAAAAUAACGCUGGAGACAACGAAGAGGAACCAGAAAAGGCAGGCGUUCUUAAGAUACCCUUCAACAAUGAUGGUUCGUUUUUGGAAAAUUUCAAAAAGCUUAGCGAAAAACUAGCCAAAACUACCGAAGAAAACAACAAACGUCCAGCGGAAGAUGAUCAGUCAAACAGCGAAAAGAAGGCUAAAACGGAAGAGCCUGCACUUAUUGCAAUCCCGCCGCCGCCACCACCUCCAGCUCCACCAACUCCUCCGGUUUCCGUAGCCAUUCCAAACGCGUUGCCGAUGGAAAUCUCAUACGCCACUUAUUAUGCCAUGGCACAGGCUCCCACGUUGAUGCCAUUGCUGCAAGCCGCUCCGUUACCUCCGCCACUGCCGGAAGUUUGCCUCGUAGAAACAGUUCAAGCAAUUCCGAUAAUGCCAUCCCCAGCUAGUACGGUCGAAAUGGCCGCACCGAUGCCAGCAACAGCGGAAGAUGUGCCGGAUGUUGGUGCCAACUGUAAAGUAUUUUCAGAGAAUGAUAAAUUACCAACAACAGUUGAAGAGUUAGUUGAAUUGGUUGCCGAUAUCGGUGAUGUUUAUGAAGAAAAAUUAAGUUCACGUAAAAAUGAGUUACAUCCAUCGCUGUGGUUCUUAUUUGACAAACAGUCAGAGGCUUACAGAAACUAUCGACACAUGAUUGUCGCAAGGCUUUUCAAAACGGCCGGCAUCGAGCAUGCGUUACCUGCUGCGCAAUCUUUCAAAGCUGAUAAUGCAGCAGCCUCUAUGGAUGAUUCUAAAUAUGAUCCGGCGGACGUUCUCGAUGACAAUCAAGUGGAUGACGAUUCCCACGCUUAUCCCGGGGCUGAGGCCCAGAGGGAACACCACGAAGAUGUACCAAUUCAAAUGCAGCCCAAUUACUAUGGCGAUGAGCGUCAUUUCUACGACGACAAAUCCACAACGGAAACUGAUUCCGAUACGGAAUAUGUUCGUGAAGCACGUAAAAGAAAUUUGAAGAACCUGAAGCACAAGACAAUGAAUGCGGGAAAUAUGCGUGAGGACAGUACAACGGACUCCGACGAUCAGUUCAAUGAAUCGUCUGAUGGCAAGCAGGAGGUAAUGAGCGAUAAGUCUUCUGGAAAUAGUGGUGGCAGAACCGCACGUCAGAAACACCGUAAGAAGUCACGAUGGGGUGAUAAUGUGGAGGGUGCUGAAGAACCCAGUGCAGCAAGUGAAUGCAAAGAUAGCAGUGCGAUUACAAUUUCGGAACUCUCAUCAAACGCUUAUGGAGGACAAAUGCAGCAACAAAAUUCCAGAUCCAACCCUGGAUUUUUGCAAUUUGUUUUUCAAAGUUUCGAUACCGUUGAAGUGAGUCCCGAGAGUUGGAAAAGAGCUGAGGAACAUUUCAGAAUACGUUUACUGUACGAAGAUAUGUCCAGUAAAAUUCAAGCCCACGAGAGAUUCACAAGCAACAGAUUGAUGAGUGGAAACAAUCGCAUGCAAAACGAUUUCGACGAAGAUCAGCGACUGGACGCUGACAAGAUGCAGGCUGUGCUACUGUGGAUUAAUGAAAUUACAAACUUCUAUGAGCGCUCGGGUUCUCCCAGAUUGGAAGACUUUUUGCUACGGGAUGAAUUUGAAAAUCUGAUGAAUAAGUACAGGCGAACAAAUGAUUGCAUGCCAAGUUUUGAGGAAUAUAAAAAAUUUAAACUUGAGCAAGCAAAAAUUGUGUCUACCAAUUCCAGAGGCGAGUACAGUUCAUCAGAUUCAGAUUUGAGAAGACAAACCGCAGCUAAUCGCAAUGAAGAAACUCGGCAAAUGAAUAUUCAAGAUGAAGUCGAUAAAAACACGAGACGUCGCAAAAGUCGUUGGGGUGAUCAGGUUUCUGCUCCGACCACAACUCCACCAGCAGUAACCGUGACCAACAGUAGCACUGCAAGUACGCCUGCAAUACAUCAAACGCCCGGUCCAUCUAAACCAAGCACCAAUGCUCCCUCAAAACUAACUGCCGUGCAGCGUACUGAUCCUGCUCUGUUGGCUUAUGUACGGCAAAACUUUGGCAACACAAACCUUUCGGAAGAGGAUUGGAAAAAGGCCGAAGAUCACUACAAGAUCAAUCUUCUUUAUCAAGACAUGCUGAGGAAAAGACAAGAGAUUGACAGGCUGGCUGCUAGCGGUAAGUUCAAAUAUGAGUACGAUUCCGAUGAAGAUACAACCGGAGGUACGUGGGAACACAAGCUGCGUUCGCAGGAAAUGGAAGCUACACAACUAUGGGCCAAUGAGUUAACUAAAAAGUCAGAGGGGAAACAUCAUAUUGGUGACUUUCUGCCUCCGGAAGAAUUGCGUAAAUUUAUGGAAAAAUACGAAGCACAAAAGAACAGUCGUCAACCCAAUCUAAGCGAUUACAAAGAAUACAAGCUGAAAGAGGAUAACGUUGGAUUUCAAAUGUUGCAAAAACUCGGAUGGAAGGACGGACAAGGGUUGGGCGCAGACGGAAGCGGAAUUGUCGAACCAAUCAACAAAGCAUCGCAGCGAGACAAUAAUCAAGGAUUGGGAACAAUUUCUGCAGAUAAUCCUGAAGUAGAUGAUAACGAAUAUGAUGCCUAUCGCAAACGUAUGAUGUUGGCAUACCGUUUUCGACCAAAUCCAUUGAACAAUCCCCGUAGGGCAUAUUAUUGAAUCAUAUUUUUCCACAUAUGAUGUAAGCGUACGCAGUGGAUUCGUUAAAUAGGAUAAGCUACAUAAGAUCUUAAACACAUAGUCCUUGCUUCAAUGCCGAGUUGGAUGCUCAACUUAAAAAAAAAAAAGUUGUUUUUUUUACAUUGCGUGAUUGCAUUUCCACUUUCUCUCGACUAAUGAUGGUGUAAGCUGCAGUUGUCGAUGUUGAAGCGUCUACCAACUAUCUGUGUAAGGUUAAGAACGUUUGUUCUGAAUUCGAGUUCAAUGAACGGUAAUGUAGAGAAUUAACUAAUUUAUAUUAAACAUAAUAAAUGUUUCAAUUAAACGCA